GCCAGGAGCUCGAGACGUUCUUGAUCAAGACGAAGCGCCGCAAGCUCGAGCCAAUGCAGCAGUGGACGGACCGCUUCGAGACAGGGUACCAGUACCUCAGACGCGCGCUGGCACGCGCGCUGGGACACACAGUCCCGGUCCAGGUCCCUCCAGCAUGGAAGUGGACAGGGCGACCAUGCCGCUGGGUCGAGGUCGAACGUGGCUGGCCAUUCGAGGGUAGCGAAUGGACAUGGGAGUGCACGGACGGCCUGCCAGACGACGAGAAAGAGGACUUACACCUCUGGAGCGCUGCUGACCAGGAUGCGGACGCCGAGGAGGAGCUCGGGGACAUGCCAGAAGUGUUCCCGAGCCUGGUCCUGGGCUGGCUGAUGCUCGUGCGGUCAGGGCUCGACUCGCGCGAGCGGGCGGCCAUCGUGACGGCAACUGGCGGCUCGCUGGAGGUCAGCGCCAUCCGGGAGAAGCUGAUCUCGAGCUGGGAGGCGAGCAGCUUCGCAGCCGACAUGGAGAACAGCGAGUGGCAGGAGGAAGAACCAGGCCCAGAGGAGGCGAACGAUGACGACAUCGAGAGCUACUUGGCGGCCCAGCAGGAAGAGGCGGAGGCGCUCGCGGCGAUCCACGCCGCCCAGCGCACCCUCCGCCAGGCUCGUGGAGCUCAGGCAGACAGCAGGCUGAGCAGGGGCUUCUACAGGGGAGGCGCGCCAGACGCGAGCGCGAAGGUGGCAGAGUGCAGGAAGGAGCUGAAGUUCAACCUUGUGGCCUCGCUGGUCGCCGAGCAGGAGCCCCGGGAGUCGGAGUGCGAGGCGAUGUUUGCGGACCAGGCCAUCCUCGAGGGCAAGGGCAUCGUCGACUUAGGGUGCACGGACGCCAUGGGUGGCGAGCGCGCCCUGGACAUCGUGGCCCGCAAGAACUUGGAGAAGUAUGGCGACACCAGGCUGCUGGACGUGAACCUGGACUACAGGCCAGUCUACAGCUUCGGGAAUGGCGAGAAGGAGCGCGCCUACGGACAGGUGAAGUUCGGCAUCGCGGGCGCGGGCGUGGAAGGCGACAUCGCCAUCAACGGUUUCUCGAAGGAUGUCCCGAUCCUGGUGUCCAAGAAGGUGCUGAAGAAGCUCGGGGCCGUCGUGGACUGUGAGACUGGGGUGGCCGCGUUCGUGAGGCUCGCACCGGACAUCCCCGUGCAGCUGGAGGAGUCACCUGACGGAGGCCACUACUACCUGAGCCUGGUCGACGACUUGCUGGGGCAGCGCGUCAAGGACCAGAGCCAGCUGCGGAACUUCAAGACCAUCUGCGAGAGCAUGCGUGAGUGGGGCCGCCAGCCCGUGGCCGCAGUGUGCCAGGGGCGGGACAGCAGCUCGGAUGACCGGGCUGAGCAGUUGGAGCGCUACAUGUACCCAUCUCAAUCCGAUCGCAGCAUUGUCACCGAUGCGUCUCCAGUUGCUUCAGCAGGAUCGCAUGCUCGUGCGGUGCGACCACUCCAGAUGCCAACGUCUCGCAGUGCAGUACAGGGCCUCUACAAAGCGGAGGUGCUGCACUUACUUCAGGAGCUUGGCCUACCGUGCAGUCCGGCCUGGGGCGUGGACGAGCUGAAGCAGGUCCUCAAGGAGCACAUGUUUCGGAAGGACGAGACGCCAGUGCAGAUGGCCAUGAAGGGUCUCAGCUCGAUGAAGAAGUCCCAGCUCUUGGCGAAGGCAGAGGAGGUAGGCGCCCACGUGACACAGGGCAUGACGAAUCCGUCACUCAAGCUCUCGAUCCGCAAGGCCAUCCUCAUGAAGCAUACCCCGGAGCCGACCGACUACAUGGGCUUCGGGAAGCACGGAGCCAUGACCUACCAGCAGGUUCGGAGCCAGUACCCAUCCUACGCAGCCUGGUGCCAGAAAGAGGCGAACCAGGAGAGCAGCUGGGAGCUGGCCCGGUUUGCCUCAUGGCUCAACGAGCAGGAGAUCAUCGACAAGAAGGCCGGGGUGACCAGGGAUCCGAAGGAGGCCCCGAGAGAGCCGGACAAGGCUCGAGGGGGCGCGAGGUCAUCCCGCAGGAGAACGGUAGACGCGAUCAUGGAGGACGAGAUCGAGGAGCAGGAGAAGCUCGAGGCUGCGAUCAAGGUGCAGAAGGAGGAGAAGGAGUCCAACCGCUUGGUCCAGGAGCAGAUGCUGACGGCACUGAACCAGCUCAACCAGAGGAUCGGCCAGCUGGAGGGCCAGGAGCUGGACCCCAGGAAGCAGCGCUGGCUUGCCAAGUGCAUCCAGGAGAACGGCCACUUUGAGGACUACUCGGGGCUGAUGGCCCACGGCAGUACCAAGUUGAUGGAGGUCGCGUGCAGCCCGACGUCCAUCCUGAGCACUAAGAUGGCGGAGAAGUUCGGCGAGGACGCUGUAUGCCGCAUCAGUGCGUGGAACGGUUUCAAGCUGGGGACACCUGGCGGCAACCAGAGGGCUCGGGAGGCACGUGAUGAGGCUGAACCAGACCACCUGUGGAUCAGUACGAGGUGCGGCCCCCUGUCUACCCUCGCCCUUGGCUUCAACGGCUCCAACCCUAUCAGGGCCGAGGCCACCAGGAAGCGCAGGUUGCAGGCCAUCAAGGAGUACAAGGGCGCGGUGCAGUUGGAUUAUGACCAGGCGGCUCAAGGCAAGCAUGUACACUGGGAGUGGCCCAUCAAGUGCGAGGGCUGGGGCCACACGAUGAUCAGGAAGAUGGUGGAGGACUGCUCCAUGACGGCGGUGAAGGUGGCAGGCUGCCAGCUCGGCGUGAAGGACGGGAAGGGCCUGCCGCUGUUGAAGGAGUGGCUUAUCGCUACGACGUCUCCAAAGAUGGCAGCCCGGAUGUCCCUGGAAUGCCCAGGGGAUCACCGACAUGGGGAGCUCACAGGAGGCAGUCUGACAGCGGCCACCAGCUAUUACCCGGACGAGUUUGCCAGACGAGCUGUGCGCGCGAUGACCGAGGAGGCCGCGCCCGACUACCACGAGUUCAUGAGGUGCGUGGUGGAGCCCGGGGAGGCGGCCGACCAGGCGAUGGCAGCCAACCAAGAGGAGACAAAGAUGAACUCAGACUUGAGCUCGAAGGAGUACCAGCAGAUCAUGAGGUGGCUCACCUCAAUCCACCGUGGCUCAGGUCACAGCUCGAAGGCCUCCAUGCUGAACGCACUUCGGAGGAAGGGCGCCAGCCCACAGGUGCUACAGGUGGCUGAGGACUUCCACUGUGACGCUUGCGAAGAGGCGCACAAGUUCAAGCCCGCACAUCCGCCGGUCAGCUUAGAAACCAUCCCGCCGAAGUGGAAGCACAUCCAGGCGGACCAGUUUGAAUGGGAGCACCCGCAGACGAAGGUUAAGUCCAAGAUCUCCCUGAUCAUAGACGAGAACUGCCGGGUGCGCGUCAGCAAGCUACUGUACCACAUGGUUGGCGAGGACCGGCACAGGAAUCCCGUGUGGGCCGACCUCGAGCAGUUCUAUGAGGAGCGCUGGAUGCCCUACUUCGGCAAGCCACAGAGGGUGAAGGUGGACCCCGGGGGCUCCUGGAUGUCCAAGCAGGCGGCUGAGUACUUUUAUUCCGACUCCAUCGCGUACGAACCCAUACCUGGCCAGGCCCACUGGCACAUCUCCCUCGCCGAGGAGGCCAUCCAGGCCACCAAGGGGACCAUGGACAAGUUGGUGACGGAGAACCCCGAGAUGACGACGGAGGAAGCCCUGGCCAGAGCGACCGCAGCUGGGAACUCACGAGAAGAUGUUCGAGGAUACUCACCCCUUCAACAUGCCCUCGGGCGAGCACCAGACCUGGGCGGACACUUCUUUGAGAGCGACUUCGACGAACUGCCCUACGUGGAGGCCCAGAGGGUCGACAAGGAGUUCGGGGAGAACUACACCAGGAUGCAUGCUGCCGAGCAGGAGUACCUGAGGCAAGUCUACAUGCGACGCAUCAGCAGGGCAGAGAACGCGAAUAAUCAGGCGGUGAAGUCCGCGGUGCCAGGCAUGUGGGCGCGCUACUUCCGGAAGGAGAAGGGUGAUGCCAAGGGCCGAUUCAAAGGGCUCGCGAGGGUCCUGGCCACAGAGACGGCGCGGCCGGUGGACGGGGACCUUGGCGAAGGACGGGCCCUGCACCCUGGGCGUGCAGGAUCCGUGGUAUGGCUUGUACGAGCCGGGCGUAUCAUCAAGGUGGACCUCUGCCAGAUCCGGGCGGCCUCCUCACGGGAGAUCGCCUACGCAGAGCUGAUGGGAGGCACAGACACGCCCUGGACAGUCCACACCUUCAUGAACCAGACGAUGGAGCACGAAUACCUGGACUUCACGGGCCACGACCCCACCGAGGACGACAUGGAGGAGCAGAUGAAGGAGAACGUGGCCCUCAUGGCGAAGUCCACUCCAGACGCCCGGGCCUUUUGGGCUCGUCAGGGCACGUCGCUGGAGGUCUCCGUUGAGGUUCCCCUGGAGGGGAAGCCGCUCAAGCAGGCCACGCGGCACAUGAGUGCCUACAUGGCGAGCCAGCUGCGAAAGGGCAAGCGCGAGAUCUCGGAAAGAACGUUGACCCCGGACGAGGUGGCGAAGUUCGGCCAGGCAAAGGCCACGGAGGUGAACAACUACAUUGUGUCUUCGGUGCUGGAGACGCCCCCACCAGGCGUGACUCCGCCUCCCGAGGACGUCAUGCGCAUGAGGAUUGUGGUCCUGGGUUAUAUGGACCCCGAGUACGAGCACCGUCCGACCACCGCCCCAACCAUGACGAGAACUUCGAGGCACCUGGUGCUGCAGACGAUGGCGUGGUUGGGCUUCAAAGGCUACAAAGCGGACGUGACGGGGGCUUUCACGCAGAACAGAGAGAUCCAGCAUGACCUGUUCGUGAUGCCUGUGAAGGAGCUCGCGGCGGCGCUGGGGAUGCCCGAGGGCGUUGCGAUGCGGCUCAGGAAGGCGGUCUACGGGCUCGUGGAAGCAGCGAUCGAGUGGUUCAUGACCGUGAGCGAGGCACUGGAGGAGUUCGGCUGGACCCAGAUGAAGAUGGACCCCUGCGUGUGGGUGCUCUACGGUGACGGCCACGGCAGGGAUAACGGCUUCACCAAGGAGGCGCUGAAGGACUUCACGAACCCAGAGGUGCUCGGGGACCUGAUCGCGGCGAAGGGGGACAUGGACAUCAUAGCCAUUGCGGGGUCGCACGUGGGCGACUUCCUGCUCGGUGGCAACGACACGGACCCCCGGUGGAUCACCGCCCGGGAACAGAUUGAGAAGCGCUUCAAGUGGAAAGCCUGGGAGUCGGAGGAGUUCAUGCAGACGGGGGUGCGGAUCAAGCAGCAGCCCGACAGGAGCUUCCGCAUGGACCAGAGCGAGUAUGUGAAGACCAUCGAGAAGGCGUACCUCACCCCGGAGCGCAAGAAGGCCAAGGACAUGCCGACCACCGACAAGGAGAAGGGCCAGCUGAGGGCUAUCUUAGGGGCCAUCGGGUGGAGAUCCGAGCAGUCAGGCCCCAUGCACUCGGCCGACACGAGCCUUCUGCUCAGCACCAUACCAUCGUCCACCGUGCAGACCAUCCACGAGACCAACCGCCUGGUCGAUCGUGUCCGUGAGUGUGCUGAUCUACCCGUGGUGAUACACAGCCACUCUCAGGCACAGGUGCUGGUGCCAGUGGAGUGGUCCGACUCCUCCGAGGCCAACCGUCCCGACGGAAAGUCCACGAAGGGCCUGGUGGCGGGGCUGGCACCUUUGAGGAUCCUCAGGGGAGACGCGGCGGACGUGAGCCUCAUAUCCUGGAAGUCCGGGAAGAUCGAUCGUGGUUGCCGCAGUUCCGUGGCAUGUGAGACACGCUCCGCCGUGGAUGCUGAGGACGAGCUGUUUGGCAUCAAGUUGCAGUGGCUAGAGAUCCUGGGCAACAACAUCGACUGGAGGAAGCCCGAGGGGAUUCUACGCAGACUGCCAGGAGCAGUGGUUGUGGAUUCAAAGGGCCUGUGCGACAAGCUGCAGACGACGGUCUACACCUUCCGGGGCAAGGAGAAGCGGACCGACGCGGAGGCCAUGACCCUGAAGGAGGGGACGCAGGCGGCAAACAACUGGAUGCUCUGGGUACAUGGGGAUGCCCAACUCGCCAACUCGCUGACGAAGGGACACGAGCCAGGCCAGCUGCGGAUGUAUUUCAACAACGGGCAUCGCUGGAAGCUGGUCUACGACGAGAAGUACAAGAGUGCACGGAGGAGGAAGGCCGCUGGAAUCCAGCCGUUCGAGCAAGUAGGAGCGGGCAUCCUCAAAACACCAGGCGGGACAAUGGCUCACAUCAGUGCAGCUGCGUGCCCAGACUUCCCGCCAUAUGAGGCCAUGACCGAGUACAGUUCAGACGAGGAGGCGGACUCAAGGAUGCUCAGCUUGGAGGACCCUUAUCCGUGCAAUUCCGAGGGUGAGCAAGCCUGA